GUAAGAAGAUCGAUCCUAGCUUAAUUAAUUAAGGCUUGCCAUUUCAGCAUGCAGAUUUAGAAAUUGAGAAAUUUAUCGAUUAAUGGGAAAUUGUGUGAUAAUAAUAUUUCAAUAUUUUCUUAUAAUUAAUAUUGUAAUCUUGUUGCAGCUGAUCAUUUCACUUCCUAAUUUACAUGCUCAGGAUGAUCAAACAGGAUUCAUAAGCUUAGACUGUGGUCGGCCUAAUGGUUACACAGACAAGGAUACUGGAUUGAGAUAUGAUUCAGACGACAAAUUCAUCGACACAGGAGUAACUGGAAUGAUCGCCCCUGAACAACAAUCAAACACUUUGUAUCAACAGUUCCUGUAUGUUAGAAGCUUCCCCCAAGGAACUAGAAACUGCUACACUUUAAAGGUACCAGAUAAUGGAUCAAGAACAACAUUCCUAAUAAGGGGAAGAUUCUUCUAUGGAAACUACGACAACAAGCAUUCCCUUCCUAGUUUUGAUCUUCAGAUCGGGGUUGACCUUUGGGACACGGUGCUAAUUUACAACGAAUCUCGUACAUUAAGAAAGGAGAUCAUAUAUGUACCAAACUCAGAUUUUAUUCAAGUUUGUCUCAUCAAUACCAACUCUGGAAUACCUUUCAUAUCAGCUCUAGAGAUAAGGCCUUUCAGUGAUGAUACCAUAUACAGAACAGAGUAUUCUUUGAACUAUUUUACAAGCUGGGACUUAGCUUCAUCUGCAAAUAACUUUUAUAGGUACAAAGAUGACUUGUAUGACCGCAUAUGGAUGCCGUAUGACAUGGAGGACAGCACUAGUCUCACAAGCGAGUUGCCCGUUAAGACUAAUAAUUUUCAGGUCCCUAACGUUGUCAUGAAUACUGCCAAUGUUCCCCAGAACCCUAACGACUCCUCCUUAGUUUUUACGUGGGAUCCAUAUAAUAUUACCGAUCAAUUCUAUCUUUUCCUACACUUUGCCGAGCUUACUCCCAAUGCGUCACGAAAAUUUGGAAUAUUUCUCAAUGGGGAGCUAUGGGGUGUGCGCAAUUAUUCUCCUCAGUUUCUUCAGGCCGAAACUUAUUGGAAAAUGUUAGAUGUUAGUUCAUCUUACACGAUCUCUCUCAAUCGAACAGAGGAUUCCGCGCUUCCUCCUCUCUUGAAUGCCAUCGAGCUCUACACAAUCAAGAAAACACUCAACUCUCAGACUAAUGAUCAAGAUGUUGGUGGUAUUAUGGGGAUAAAAUCAACAUACAAAGUGUUGAUGAUGAAUAAUUGGCAAGGAGACCCUUGUGGCCCUAAACCAUUUUCCUGGGAUGGGAUCAUAUGUAGCUUUCAAGGCUUCAAUCCACCUCAAAUUAUUUCAUUGAACUUGUCUUCAAGUGGAUUGAGUGGGGAGAUAUCUCCUUUCAUCCAGAACCUCACAUCAUUGCAAACUUUAGAUUUAUCCAAUAACAAUCUAUCUGGGGAUGUUCCAAAUUUUCUAUUCCAGUUUAGUUCGUUGCAGGUCUUGAAUUUGAGGGGAAACAACUUGACAUGUCCAAUGCCAUCAAUAUCACUCCAAGCAAAGAUAAAGAAUAUUUUAAGUGAUGAUUGCAAGGGAGAUUCAACAGCAACAGCAAGCAAUAAUCAUAGAAAUGGAAAUAAUAAUGUUAUUGUAGUAAUUGCUGCUUCUGUUGGUGGAACAUUGAUAUUAAUGCUUAUACUAGCUGCUGCUUCAUUUCUCCUCUAUUUCAUUUGCAUAAAAAAGAAGCAUAAGAAAAGGGAUCCAACAACAACAACUGUUCAAAGCUCCACAACAACCGCGUCUAGCAACUGGCAGAGCCAUAACAAGGACCACAUGAUGCCGAUCAUCAUAGGCGGCUCUAACAUGGAGCACAUGAUAAAGAAUUGUCAAUUUAGUUAUUCUGAGAUUUUGAAAAUCACAAACAACUUCGAGAUCGUUCUUGGCAAAGGGGGGUUUGGAACAGUCUAUCACGCCUAUGUUGGAAACACUCAGGUUGCUGUCAAAAUGCUUUCUCAGUCGUCCUCACAAGGAUACAAGGAAUUUCAAGCCGAGGCUAAGUUCUUGGUGAGUGUUAAUCAUAAGAAUUUGACAUCCGUGGUCGGUUAUUGUUACGAAGAUGAUAAAAUGGGACUUGUCUACGAGUUCAUGGAAAAUGGAAAUCUAGAAAAUCAUUUAUCAGAGAAAAGCUUACAAAUAUUGAAUUGGGAGGAAAGACUUCAAAUAGCAGUUGAUGCAGCACAAGGAUUGGAUUAUUUGCACAAUGGUUGUAAGCCAUCGAUCAUCCAUAGAGAUGUUAAGUCUUCCAACAUCUUAUUAAAUGGGAAUUUUGAAGCAAAGUUGGCUGAUUUUGGGUUAUCGAGAACAAUUCCUUUAGAAGGAAGCGAUUACUUCUCGAUGGUUGUAGCUGGUACUCCUGGUUACCUUGAUCCCGAGUAUUAUCUUACAAAUAGAGUGACAGAAAAAAGCGAUGUAUAUGAUUUUGGAAUCGUCCUCUUGGAGAUAGUGACUGGUAAGCCGACGCUCUCAAGGAGGCAAGACAAUGCACAUAUAAUUCCAUGGGUGAGUGCAAUGAUAUCAACAGGGGAUGUUAAUCAGAUUGGGGAUCAUAGGUUAAGGAAUGGAGAUGUUGACACAAAUUGCUUAUGGAAAGUCGUCGAAUUGGCAAUGGCUUGUGUGUCGCAUGAAUCGGCGAGGAGACCAAACAUGAGCCAAGUUGUGAUGAAGCUGAAGGAGUGUUUGGCCAGUGAUAUAGCACGUGGCUACCCGAAAUCAAGAGAUUUGAUAAAUGAAGUGAUUCUAAAUGAUGAACUUAUAAUGCCUCCUCUUGCAAGAUAAUAAAUAAAGAGAAAUGAUAUUUUCAACGAAAGAGUAGCGAAAGCAAGGCCACGAAUCUACGUGGCCUUGCCAGCUAGGAGAGAGAAAAAAAAAGAAAAAAAAAGAAAAAAAAAGAAAACGUUU